CUGUCCAUCAUCAGGAUUCCAUCGUCAUGCCCGAGCAUCCACCGCACGCCGAAGAGGUUGCCAAGAGCGCCCGUCUUGCCUCGCACCUGCUGCAGACCGCCACGCCCGAGCAAAUCUCACAGGCCCUGACGGCAAUCAAGUCGCUGCUGGCCGAGCGCAAGGACGAGAUUCUUGCCGAGAACAAGAAGGAUCUGGAAAAGGCCAAGCUGGAUGUGCAGAACGGCAAGCUGUCGCAGUCCUUGUACAAGCGCCUGGACCUGGCUGGUGAAAAGUUCAACUCGCUGCUCGAGGGCGUCUCGGACGUCGACAAGCUCCCGUCCCCCGUUGGCCAAGUCACGCUCGCCACCAAGCUCGACGAUGGCCUGGAUCUGUACCGGGUGACAUGCCCUGUCGGCGUGCUGCUCAUCAUUUUCGAGGCCCGCCCCGAAGUCGUCGUCCAGAUUUCAUGUCUUGCCCUCAAGUCUGGAAACGCCGUCAUCCUCAAGGGAGGAAAGGAAGCGUCGCACUCCAACAGCAUUCUGAUGCGCACUCUGCAGGAUGCCCUGGACUCGGUCCAAGGAAUUCCCAAGACGGCUGUCCAGCUUGUCGAGACUCGCGAUGACAUCAGUGCUCUGCUCAAGCUCGACCCCUGGAUCGACCUGGUCAUUCCUCGCGGCAGCAAGCAGCUGGUGACUCACGUUCAGGAGAACACGAGGAUCCCUGUCCUUGGACAUGCCGACGGCUUGUGCGCCACAUUCAUCGAUGAGAGCGCAGACCUCAGCAAGGCAAUCUCAGUCGUCGUCGACGCCAAGACGAGCUACCCGGCCGCCUGCAACACCACCGAGACCCUGCUGGUUCACCGAUCGGCUGCCUCACGCAUCUUGCCCGGGCUGUCGCAGGCCCUGAUUCAGAAAGGCGUGGAGCUGCGAGCCGACGAAGAGUCUCGGCAGUAUCUGCCUGCCGCGAGCGACAAGAUCAAACCCAGCGUCCAAGAAGACUACGACACCGAGUUCCUGGAUCUUAUCCUGGCGGUCAAGACGGUCAGCGAUCUCGAGGAGGCCAUCAGCCACAUCAACCAGCACGGAAGCCACCAUACCGACGCCAUCGUGACCGAGUCGGAGGAGAAUGCCCGGGCGUUCAUGCAGAAGGUGGACGCCGCCGGUGUCUUCUGGAACGCCAGCACACGCUUUGCCGACGGCUUCCGAUUCGGCUUUGGUGCCGAGAUUGGAGUGAGCACGAACAAGACCCAUGCCCGAGGCCCUGUUGGUCUUGAGGGCCUUGUGAUCUACAAGUACAAGCUGUUUGGCAGCGGACAUGCCACAGCCGACUACGGAAGCGGCAAGCGAAGAUAUAUCCAUGAGCCCAUCGAUAAGGACACCGUCGCAGCCAAGCGAGCCAAGCACAGCAGCGCCUAAUAUACGCAGCCACGACGGCCCUGCUUGGUUAUAGAGCGAGAGAGGGCACGAUGAGCGGCCACUAUCAGCAGUUGUCGCAGCUGUCUUGGGAUCUUGGUUGUGUGGUGUUCGAACGGCACGGCGGUAUUUUGGCAGUUCCCAUAUACAGGCGCACUGCUGCCCCUUUCGUCUUUCGUUGGGCGGCUGCUGGAGAGUGCCGAUGAGAACGCAGUCGAUCCUGGGCAGACGCGGGACGAUGGUGUCGCUGUGCUUUAGAGAGUUCCUCUGAUCGAUGCCGUCCAAGGCAAUCCAAAUCAGCGAUAGUCCACAGAUAUUGCCCGCAUUGGGAUGUGAAGUGUCAAUCACGCCAGCGCCAGAGGAUAAAGCGACUGUCAUUUCUCUCGGACAAAAUACUCUGUAGUUGGAUUAUACCAUGCACUCGACCAAGAGCGAUAAAAUGG